AUGUCUGCUGCGCAGCUUCUCAACCCCAAGGCCGAGUCCCGCAGGAGGGGCGAAGCUCUAAAGGUCAACAUCAGUGCGGGCGAGGGUCUUCAGGAUGUCCUCAAGUCCAACCUGGGCCCUCUGGGCACAAUCAAGAUGCUUGUCGACGGCGCCGGCCAGAUCAAGCUCACAAAGGAUGGCAACAUUCUUCUCCGCGAAAUGCAAAUACAGAACCCGACCGCCGUCAUGAUUGCCCGAGCUGCCACUGCGCAGGACGAUAUUUGCGGUGACGGUACUACGUCUGUCGUGUUGCUGGUUGGCGAGCUGCUGAAGCAGGCCGACCGCUUCAUCUCAGAGGGUCUGCACCCCCGUGUCAUAACCGACGGCUUCGAGAUUGCCAAGGUCGAGGCUCUCAAGUUCCUCGACCAGUUCAAGCUCCCCAAAGAUAUCGACAGAGAACUCCUGCUCAACGUCGCCCGCACAUCGCUCUCCACGAAGCUCAACGCGACUCUGGGUUCGAAGCUCACCCCCGACAUUGUCGACGCUGUUCUCGCCAUCUACGAGGAGGGUGUCAAGCCUGACCUGCACAUGGUUGAGAUUAUGAAGAUGCAGCACCGCAUGGCUGCUGAUACCCAGCUAAUCAAGGGUCUCGCCCUCGACCACGGUGCUCGCCACCCCGACAUGCCCAAGCGCCUGGAAAACUGCUUCAUCUUGACGCUCAACGUCAGCCUUGAAUACGAAAAGACCGAAAUCAACUCUAGCUUCUUCUACUCGAGCGCCGAGCAGCGUGACAAGCUCGUCGAGAGCGAGAGACGCUUUGUUGAUGCCAAGCUCAAGAAGAUUGUCGAGCUCAAGAAGGAGGUUUGUGGAAACGACGGCAAGAAGAACUUUGUCAUCAUCAACCAAAAGGGCAUCGACCCCUUGUCGCUCGAUGUUCUGGCCAAGAACGGCAUCCUAGCCCUGCGUCGUGCCAAGCGUCGCAACAUGGAGCGCCUGCAGCUUGUCUGUGGCGGUAUUGCCCAAAACAGUGUCGAAGAUAUGACGGAGGAGUGUCUGGGAUGGGCUGGUCUUGUCCAUGAGCAGACUCUCGGAGAGGAAAAAUACACCUUUGUCGAGGAAGUCAAGGACCCCAAGUCCGUUACCCUACUCAUCAAGGGCCCCAACCAGCACACCAUUGCCCAGGUCAACGAUGCUGUCCGUGAUGGUCUGCGCAGUGUCUACAACACCAUUGUCGACAAGAGCGUUGUUCCUGGUGCUGGUGCCUUCCAGGUCGCCUGCGCUACCCACCUGCGCAGUGACGCUUUCUCGAAGACGAUCAAGGGCAAGGCCAAGUUUGGUAUUGAGGCCUUUGCCAACGCUCUUCUCAUUAUCCCCAAGACCCUUGCUGCCAAUGCCGGCCACGACGUGCAAGAUGCCAUUGCUGCCUUGCAAGAUGGUGUCCUUGACGGUGACGUCGUCGGUCUGAACUUGGAGACCGGUGAGCCUAUGGACCCUGAGCUCGAGGGUGUCUUUGACUCGUUCCGUGUUCUUCGCAACUGCAUUGCUUCCAGUGCAGGCAUUGCCUCAAAUCUGCUGCUCUGCGAUGAGCUGCUCAAGGCCCGACAGAUGGGCAGAGCAAAGGGUCCUGGCCCUGGCAUGGACGGCCCUGAUGAUCACAUGUAA